AUGCUGUAUUCUAGCUACCGCCCAGCUCUGGCCCCUGGCGCAGAGCCCAAUUAUGAUCGAGGCUAUGCCGAAGAUUACCACUUCCACCAACGUCACGCCUCACACCCCGGCCCGACAAGCCUUAGCGCUCCUACCGAUCCGUCCACCUACAUCAGCGCGAGCAGCGAUCGAUUCGAAAGCAAGGGUCAGACUCUGAUCGCCUCACUCCUUGAAAGCCGGCUCUUCAGUAACGCUCUGGUCCGCGACUGCUCUGUCAUCGGAGUGUCACAACCUGCGGGAGCCGUCGUCACCUCCUCACGAGGUCAGAUGCCCAUCGCUGGCACAGCGCCCAUCGCAUUUGUAGCGCUCAGCUCCACUGGCAGGGAACGCUCAGCCCACGGCGGCGACAAAGAAUCAAAGCGCAUGAAAAACGAGCUCAUCAAGUAUAUCGUCGACUUCGCUCCUCCAUUUAAGCUGAUGAAGGGCAAGCUCAUCUUUGUCGAGUCGAUCCCGCGCGGUCCUGAUGGAUCUGUGUUGCGUCAUUUGCUUGUCGAGAAAGCCACCACGCCGCCCGCGCCAGGCCCUGACAAAGGCUUUUUCAACACCGUACUCUCGGAACCUUCAACCCCAGCUGGGCCCAGCAAAGCCGGCUCUGUUGUCGGUGACAGCGAAACCGCAGGCACGCCCAAGAAAGGCGUCCGCGAUUCGAAGCGCCGUGCCACACACAGCCAGAUCGAGAGACGCAGGAGGGAGAAGAUCAACGACAGACUCGUCACCCUACGCUCCAUUGUACCGGCAUGCGCCAGGGAACUCGAGGACCGUCGCAGGCAGAAGCAGGAGGAAGAAGACGAAGCCGCUCGCAUUGCGGCUGGCGGCGCUCCCAAGACCUACAUAGACGCUGCCACUGGCAAGCCGAAGCGCAAGAGGAAUCGCAAGAAGCCAGACCCGAAGAAGUCAGCGGGUGCAGACAAGGAAGAGGAGUUGGGUCUGCACAAGCUCGAAGUGCUGACGCAUGCUAUCAACUACAUCUUUGAGCUCAAGGGUUACAUCCAGAAGCUCGAGACAGGUGCAGCUCCAGAGCACGUUCCGACGGCAGACAAUCCUUUCGGUGUGCGCAACAAGGACGGCACGUAUCGUCAGGAUGCCAAGAUCGAGGACGAGCCUGGAUGCGGCGCUGCUGCUCGACAGCUUGGCUCGGAGGAUGUGCAUUUUACCGUGGGCGCUCUGGAGGCCAAGUCAACUCGGAUUAAACGUGAUGACGACGAGGAGGACGAGGUCGAGGAAGAGGAGGAAGACCAGAUCGAGGACGAUGUCGCAGAGGGCGACGAUGAAGGGGAAGCACAGGCAGCAGAAUUGGAAGAAGACGACGAAGACGACGACGAUGAGCCGCUCGAGCGUCGUUCCAAGAAGCACAUGACUGCUGCCGCCUUCCGCCCCCAUCCUUCUCUGGCGAAGACAGGUUCAUUCGUAGCACCUAGCCGCUACAUCCGCACAGACACCACUUACUCCUCGUCCUCCAGCAGGGACAGUGUCGAGGUCUCGCCCGCUUUCUCCUUCAUCCAGCAGAGCCCUAUGGCGAUCUCGCCUGCGACAACGAUCACCUCCCCCAUGAUGAGCCUCUCCGCCGAGUCGCCCAUCAUGCUCCCCGACCCAGCCAUCAGCAUGCCCAAGCGUGGCGUCUCAUCCGCAGCAAGAGUCUCUCAAGCAGCCACAUUCGCCUCUCUGCCCGCAUCCGCGCUGCCGCUUCCGCCUGGCCAGCCCGGCCGACGUGAAUCGAGCAGCUUCUUGUUCAAACAGCUCAGCCUCGCCUCACCAAACUUCGCGCCCUUCAACGGGUCCAGCUACGUGGCCGCCCCCGCUUCUUCUGCUGCAGCGGCGGCGGCGGCAGCUGGUAGCGCUCGAGCGAGGUCGUCCACGCUCUCCUUCCCGACGACCUACGGCGAAGAAUCAGAGCUGCGUGACACGAGCGCCCACAAGACACCUGGGCUGUCAGACCGUGACACGACGGCUGCCGGCCCAUCCGACGCCUCAGCUGCCGCGCUGCUGCUCAACUUCUCCACCUCGCCCGAAGUCCUCCGCCCCAUCGGUCGGUCCAGCACAACCGCGCACCGCACAGCCAGCGUCGCUUCGUCUCCGCACACGCGGCCCGUCGUCGGUCUGCCUUCCAACAAGAGCCGCUCAACCUUCUCCUCGCCGCAUUAUCGACCGUCGAUGUACUCGUCGAAGCUGGGAACGCCUGCGAGCGCCGCGAUGGCGGCGAUCGAGGAACCUGAGCCGCUGGAUUUGGCUUCGCCACCGCAUCUCGCGCUCGAUAGCGGGUCGCAGGAUGAAGAAAUUGACCAGCUGUCGGAGCGGACCGUGGAUGAGCUGCCAGCCGAGCUGAUCAAGACGGAGAAGGAGGAAGAACCAGGCCAAGCGGUCGAGAUGGACACUGCCGCCUAA